CCGCCAUCAUCUAUUUUGUGUGUAAGAAGUCGACGUCUUCCUAACCCUCGCACUCCAUAUCCAACAUCAAAUCGAUAUCUCAAUAACUUCAAGCUUCACAACAGUUCAUAGCCAAGCAAAGGCCAGUAAAAUGUCUGGAAAGUUUGAGCCCAAGAACCCAGUCACCCUGGCCCCUCCCAAGGAUGACCCCAUCACCCUCGAGGAGUUGGCCAAGGCCGAUGGCUCAGACCCCAAUGGAAAGACAUACGUCGCGAUCAAGGGAAUCGUAUACGACGUAACAGGUAACAAGGCAUACCAAGCAGGAGGAUCCUACAACGUUUUUGCUGGAAAGGACGCCUCUCGUGCUCUCGGAAAGACCUCAACAAAGGCUGAGGACGUCAGCGCCGACUGGCAGGAUCUUCCUGACAAGGAGAAGGGUGUCCUCAACGACUGGAUCACAUUCUUCUCCAAGCGCUACAACGUUGUCGGCCGCGUCGCCGGCGCUACCAACUUUGAAUGAAGAUUACCAAAAGCUCGGCUCUGAAGCUCGAGCGAAGGGUGAAGGAGGUUGUGGGAGAAUUGGGAGGCUAGGGAUAUCCGUCAUUUGGCCGUGAGACGUUACCAUGAGCGAGUGUAAACGUAAAACAUAAAAAUGAAUACCUUGCGCCAAUGAUUCCACGACGAGAAGUGAGAGAGAGGACAUCUUAGGUGACCCUGGUUACUUUUCUGUUCUGU